AUGGUCCUGAGACAGAUGGAUGCCGGGAGCUUGACGGCGGCGGCAGCCAAGGGGAAUACGAUGGAGGUGCAGCGGAUCCUGGAGGAAUGCAGAGUGCAUCCUGACACUCUCAAUGAGUUUGGCAGGACGGCCCUGCAGGUGAUGAUGAUGGGGAACGCCAAGAUCGCCACUUUGUUGUGAAAAGGAGCCGACCCCAACGUCCAGGACAAGCACGGGAUCGCUCCCGUCCACGACGCGGCCCGGACCGGUUUCCUGGACACCCUGCAGGUCCUGGUGGAGUACGGCGCCUCCGUGAACGUCCCGGACAGAAGCGGCGCCCUGCCAAUCCACAUCGCCAUCCGGGAGGGCCACCGCGACGUGGUGAAGUUCUUAGCACCGCGAUCUGACCUGAAGCACGCCAACACCAGCGGUCAGACGGCGAUAGACGUGGCACGGGCCUCGUGCGUGCCGGAUAUGAUUGACUUGCUUUUUGCUCACAUCCAUAGUUAGUCAGACGUUGGGGUGUUUUCCUCGCAGCCAUAACCUCACAAGUUGUUUUGCUUCAAACCUGGUGACUUGAAUUCAUUGCUGUGUAAAGGGUUAUUUUGUGUGAUUGGGGCUCAGCAUUAAUAUGUGAAACAGGACAUAUUGGUCUGGCAGAUUAAUUUCAGUGGAUGGGUGGCUAUAUACUGUAGACACUCUUUUGCACAGUGCAGUUUAGGCACCUCUAUAGUAUUCGUAUAUAUCUGUUUUCCCUAUUCAUUGGGAGUGCACAUUUGUAGAUAGUUUCCCCCAGUGUUUCUUAAUGUUGUGUUUCCACUGUGUAUGAAUUGUAACAGUUGAUUGAUUUUGUUUGUUUAUCAUUUUUACAAAACUUGACAUGGUGCACCCUGAUUGCUUUGCAUAGUUGUGUUUCUGUUAAUUAGAUGAACUUAGACUUUAUGCUUACUUAUUUAUUGUUGGAAUAGGACUAAAUAUUCCUUUGUAAAUAGCGACAUUAUUGUGAUUUGUUGAGAUGUUAUUUAUACAAAUACUUUUAAAACUAAGGAGGUUAUUCACUUUGCUAUUUGAAGAAGAAAGCACAAAAA